AUGUUCACACUCUCGCUUCUUAGCCGGGGACAUGGGAAGUUGGUCCAGAACAAACAGAGACUGGAAGUCUAUUUUGAACCAGAGGAUUACUUGAACUGGAAGUCCCCGGAAGACUAUGUUCUGGUUCGACGAGCCCAGGAUGAAGGCAGCGGCUCCCAAAACACUUGGAGCCUCUUUCUCCCUAAAACCUUCAGCACCAGAAAGGGUGCCCUCAUCCUCUACUCUGAAGGGUUUGCCCUAUCAGCCUGGACACCAGAAGGGAGAAGAAGAGGCUCUUUCUACCACAGAGGAUACAGGAAAAGGCUAAACACACUCCAGGACCUCAAAGAAGCCAUCUUGGCUUAUGGAAGGAGACAGAGGGAGCAGGAGAGAGGCUGGCAACCCUACCUCCGCUUCCGGAGCCAACCCGAGAGCCAGGCCCUGCGACACAUCCAACCUGGGUAUUCGGCCAAGAGAUACCUGCGUGGCCUCUUGAGGACAUGGCCCCCUGGCAGUGUGUACAGGCUCCACUAUGCAGGAUACAUCAAGGAUUCUGUGCUUCUCCAGGGCAGUCAACUCAAUGAACCAAAGAAUCUCAGACCACAACAGGAUCUUUCCAGUGCACCUCGCAAUUACCAUCUCUUGCCUAUCUUCCCUCCAUUUUGGAUUCAACAAAGAAAAUCCUUUGAACCAGGUCAGCAGGGCCAGGACGAAGGGGAAGCUGAGGCUGAUGGACUCGUGGACCAGGACUUUGUCCCCCAGAACCACCAUAAUCAGAGGACUCACUUGCCACCACUCAGGAAACAGCACUGGCAGGAAGAUGAGACCCAGGCAAAGGGCAUGUCCACAGAGAAUCACCGUCACAGACAUACCUCGGAGGGCAGUUGCCAUGAGGAAGUACCACAUAUUCCCAGCAGGGCCUUCAGGAAGGCCUCCAUGCAUCCCUUCUGGCUUCUGAGUGACCAAUCUCAGGUCACAUUCUACGGAGGAGCCUUCCCCAAGCGGAAGGCAGGCCCCAGUGGCCAGCAAAGGAUUCGCCACCUCCACCAGAAUUGGAGCCCACAACUAAAGGAGCCACAAGAGGAAACCAAUCAGAGAUGCCUUUUCCCUCCUGUCACUCCGGCUCCAAGCUGGGAGAAAAACAUACUGAAAGAAGUUAAGAAAAAACAGGCACCAAACACUGUGAAAUUGCCUCCUAUCUCCAAAGAAGUACCUCGAGUUCUGGCCCCCCUUAGGAGACAACGCAAAGUCCAUGAUCCCCCUGCAGAGCUCUUCAUUUUCCCAGUGGAGAUUCAUUUUCCCACCCAACAUUGCUCCAAAGGGAAAACUCACAGAAGAGCAAACACUGAACCCAGAACUGAUCUGCAUGUGAAUCUUAAUGAAACCUCACUUUGGGCACCAAAGGCAGAGAAGCAGAGCACCCAGCAGUCGUUGGAGGCAGCAGCUCUGGAAACAGGAGCACCUCGAAGUUGGAUAAAUAACGGGAUGAUGUGUUCAAGCAGGAAAGAAUCUCACACACGCACUCUGCACAUCGACAUGACGCCGUUCCUGAAGGACAGUGGAGAUGAACUGGAUGGUCAUGAAGAACCAGGAGGAUCUCUCCACGAAAAUUAUCCAGAUGCCAAAGACCCAGACUCAAGAACAACCACGGUGCCUCUCAGUGUUUCCCCCAGCGAGUACUCGCAGGGCCACAAGGCAGACCCUAUCCUGAUGGAAGGACUCCCAGGACCUGGGUCUAAGUCCUCGGGGAGGCUAGAUCCCAAAGGUACAUCUGUUCUUCCCAGAAGAGAAGAGGCAGCUCAGCCAAGGUUACCCAACCAGCACCCACCCACCAAAACGGGUUACGGGAUGGACUUGAUGGACAAAGCUAAGAAAAAGAAAAGAACCAAGACACACAAGUCCAAAGCAUUGAAAGGCAAAAGGAGAGGACCACUCCAUCAGGAGACAGAAGCUGCUGUGGGAAAGUCAAAGAACACAAAGGCUGAAAAGAAAUCACAGCCAGUUCCCAAAGGGAAAAAACAGGGAGCCCAAAGCAAACGGGCAAGGAAGCAAAGGAGUCCAGAGACCACGGACUGGGAUAUGGGACGAGAUGAGGUUCCUGAGACCACAUCCAGAGAACAUGAUGAGGAGCUGGGCAGCACCUCCAAGGGGAGCCCUUGCCCCCUGGGAUCUGCAGAAGGGGAGGCCUGGCUAUCUCCCACUGAAGGGGCUCCCCGAAGCCAAGAGUCUGGAGAGGGGAACAUGGUGCCCAGCCAGCCCCUCAGUGCCGCUGCAAGUGUGGCAUCCACCGAAGAGGAGAGUCCCGAGGACCAUGCCAAGGCCCUACUGGCUAAGAGGGAGCACCAGGACAGACUGAGGGUCAAGAGAGCUGAGCAGAGGCGGCAGGAGGUGGAAAGGCGGCGGAGGGCACAGGAGGAGGAGCGGCGUCUGCAGCAGGAGCAGCUGGAGCGUGCUGCAAUGAUGGAAGCAGAGCUGGAGUUGGAGCAGCAGCGGCGGGCUGAGGAGAUACGCUUGCGGCGGCAGAGGCGAGAGGAGGAGCAGCGGCGGCGGGAGGAGGAAGAGAGGAGGCAGAGGCUGCAGGUGCAGGUGGCGCAGGAGCGAGCCCGGCAGCAACAGGAGGAGAUUCGCAGGAAGCUGCAGGAGCUGCAGAGGAAAAGGCAGCAGGAGGAAGAGGCGCACGCUGAGGAAGAGAAACGACGACAGAAGGAGCUGGAAAUGCAGUUAGCAGAGGAACAGAAACGCCUGAUGGAAAUGGCUGAAGAAGAGCGACUGGAGUAUCUGCGGCAGAAACGGGAAGCAGAAGAGAAGGCGCGGCUGGAAGAAGAAGAGAGGAGGCGGGAGGAGGAGGAAGCGUCAAGGCUGGCUCUGGAAGAGGCCAUGAGACGGGCCCAGGAAGAAGCCAGGCAAAAAUCUGCUUUGAAGAAGCAUCUUCAUUUCCACCAAGAAUUCCUUAAGGAAGCCAGAGGUCUGCAAUGGACACACAACAUUUCCAGGCCGUGGGUCUACUCUUAUUUCCAGUUCCUACAAAUACCCAGACCUUAAAGCUUGGAGAAAACUGCAAAGUAAGUUGGGCCUAGAACUUCCUUCCCUCAUUUCACACUGGGUGAGCCCAGUGUUCAGCCAAGUUCAUCUGGUUCAGCUCAACCCACACCUGCCUUCAC